UUCUGUGUGUGAAGCAGAGGAAAAGAGAGCUCGACGCGGACAGAUACAGAGACCCGAGCGAGUGGGGCUGUAGCUGCACGGGCACAGGCGGCCAUCAAACGGAAUAUUACCAGAAUAUAGAGAAAAACAAGACGAUCGCGGACAUCUGACAGGCGGCUCAUAUUUCAUGGUUGUUUCGAGAGGAAGCGACGGAGACUAACAGGGAUUACAGGCUGUAGCUGCUCUCCGCUCAGCUGGCUCGUCGGGGAUUUCUCUGCAGACUCGGAGCUCCAAGCCUGCGGAUACAAAGACUGCAGAGGCUGCCGCGGAUUACUCAAGGAACAGGAUACACAUUUCUAUUUGGAGAUUGUUUUAUUUGUGGAGCGUCCUUUUUGAAAUACUCCAAUGAACGGGUUGAGGAGACCCCAGAGAGAUGAUUGGCAGCCGAAGCUGAGACAUAACACAACUGUGAAUCAAUAACUUGGUGCUACUCUAAAAGCUAACAGGCUUUGGGGUUCCUGGUGCUAAAGACAGAGGAGUUGGACCGUACAGUUAUUCUCAGUGUUGGAGUGAGGCCCUCUCUGUGCUGCAGUGGAGGGCUUCACAGACACAGCUAGUCUGGCUGGAUGCAUCACGCAGUAGAGCAGUUUGGCGGGCGUGGCACACGGGAUUCCUUCCCUCUGGACGGACUCAACCGGGGACCAUGGGCUCCCGUGGGCGGCCGCGCCUGGCAGCCACCUGCCAGGUGUUCGCCUGGAAUGAACCAACACCAGCUCCUUUCCCAUCUACCUCCUGGUCCUAUGGGCGGACUGAACCAUCAGAGUAAAUUCUUUAGUAAUGGGCCCAUGCGUGGAGGUGAGAAGCUCGAGCUCCCACAACCAAUGUUACCAGGCCUGCAGAGGGAGCAGCAGAGACCUCCUCCUCAUCAUCUUCACCCUCCACCUCCACACAGAGCGUGGGAACAACUAGGUCAGCUGUAUGACUCCCACCUCCCUCCUCAAGGACAUUCUGUCGUGCCACUGCCCAAUGAGCACUCACUUCGUCUCCAUAAUGGAGGCUAUGCAGGCAGCGGCGGCCCUCCCCCCAACCCCCAUCUUCCCCCCAGCAGGCCAAACCAACUGCUGAAGUUUGGGGGUCCUCAGGAGCAGCAUGUUCCCCGGGGUCCACCACUGCUGGGAGAAGAGAUGUGGGCUCAGGUGCACCAGCAGAGGGGCUACCCAGGGAAGAUGCUCGGGGGUCAGCUGAAGAGACCGGGCCCUCCAUUAGGAGAGCACUCUGUUAUCCAGCACACUCCUCCACCAUCCAUGCACCCGUCCUCCCGCCCAGCUGCAGAGGACUGUCCCAGCCCCAGCAAAAGGAAAAAGAGUUCGGAUCAGGUAUCCCAUCCUGGGCUGCAGCGUUUCCCUGGCCCUGCCCAGCCUUUGCUAUCUCAGCACCAGUCAUCAGUCCACCACCUCCCUCCAAAAGCUGCCUUCUGGAACCCCCUUCACAAGAACAACAGCACUCCUUGGCAGCCCCAAAUGUCUGACCGCAAGAACCCACAAUCACAGGAGUUCCAGCUCCGAACAGAAAACAACAAACAAGGAAUGGGUAGCUACUCCCAAAAGUCCUCUUCCACCUCUUCAAACCUCUCCCCUCCACCAAACUCCUCCCUAGGAAGCUACAACCAGGGAUGUGCUCCUCAGCUCCAAAAAGAUGCAUUCCAACCUCAGGCUGUAAACCAGCAGUCCCCUCACGCCUCCUACCCCAGCUCCAGCUCCAAACUAGGGCUGGCUCCACCCUGCCAGGCCAUGGAGCCUCGUGGUCCUCACAACCAGAGAGGCCCUCUCACUGGGGGCCAAGGUGGCAGCCAAGCUACCUCUCACACGGCAUCUACCACCACCAGGGGAGAAAGAGAUCAACACAUUCAUGCCCAAUCGUCACCAGCAAACCCUCCUGCAACCAGCAACAACAACAACAACAACAGCAGUAGUAUGCCUUACAGCCACUUCCAGCCUCAUCUAGGGCUGGGGCACAAGGGUCCCCCUCCUCCUGCCAGCAGCACCUCAGUACCUCAGCAUCUGCAAAGUGGGCCCCAUGAGGCCUGGAGAUACCAGAGCAGGCCCAGCAGUCACUCCCUAGAGUCGGGCAUCUACAGGCCUCCAGGACUGCUACCUCAGCGCCAGCAGAGCCACAAUCAGGUCGUGGAUAGUCGAGUUCCAGGUCCUUCCCAGCAUCACCAUCAUGUCAUCCCUCCCCUGCCCCUAACCAACUCCACUCGAACACCCGUCAUCACCGCCAAUCUUCCCAUAUCCCAGGCAUCUUGCUCCAUCGGUGGUUAUAGCAACAGGAGCUCUACUGGUGUAACUAUGGCUAGUGUCUCCACGGUGACCACAUCACCCCCUGCUGGUUGCCCUGUGAACAAUGGCAGCAGUAAUAGCAGUUGGCAGAGAGGAAGAGAGCCAGCACCCCAAACCACCACCCGUGUCAUCACUACCCCCACCUCUCAGCUCAAUGCUCUGCUGCAGCCAGGAUGUCAGAGAGGCCAAACGGCCAACGGUAACCAGCUUCACCAACAAGGACCCACCAAGUCCCGGCCCAUGAAGGGGAAGACGUCAUAUUACGCUCAGGCAGAACUGGAGCAACCCCCUGCGUUUUCUUCAUCAUCUUCUUUGUUCUCCUCUGGGCACCAGAGGACAGGUGACAGUGUGAUCACAAGUAGAGUUUCAAAUCCUCUUCCUAGCUGUCCUACUACAUACCGCUCCGCUCAACGCUCCACCGUCAAUGCUGCAACUCAGCCAUCCAAUCCAGCCCUCUCCUCCAGACUGGGUCAUCAGGCAGAAUAUGCCUCGACACAGGCGUACUCUCAGCCCCAGAUUCGUCCACCGGCUCCGGCCUCUGUCCCUCAGUCCAUCGAAGAGGCUCUAGACAAGCUCGAUGCAGAGCUAGAGGGUCACAUGCAAGCCGAAGAAAGGAGGAAGAGGGACAGAGAAGAGCAGGAGAGAAAAAUUAGAGAAGAGGAGAGGCGGAAGAAAGAAUGGGAGAUGAGACAAAAGCGGGACGAGGAGAGGAAGAGGAAAGAGCUGGAGAAGAAAGAGGAGGAGAGGAAGCAGCGAGAACUGGAUAGACAGGAAGAAGAGAGGAGAAGGAGAGAAUGGGAGAGGCAGGAGCAGGAGAGAAAGAGGAGGGAGGAGAGGAAGAAGAGAGAAGCGGAGAGGCAGGAGCAGGAGCGAAAGAAGAGGGAACUGGAGAGGCAGGAGGAAGAAAAGAAAAAACAAAGAGAAUUGGAGAGGAAAGAGGAGGAGAAGAAGAGAAUGGAGCGGAAGAGGGAGGAGGAACUGUUCAGCGCAAAAGGCAAAGAGCAGACUGCAAUUGAAAAUCUGGAGAGACUGCUCUCCGGCAACAUUUCCCCAGCACCCCCACUUCCUCGCCUCUCUACUGUUACAGCACCUCCUUCAGGUCCCUCGCCCCCCAGCUCCCAUGCAUCACCCCCUUACCCCUGGCUCAGCCGUGGCGGCGUUCUCCCCUGUCCACCAGGCCUCACACCCACCACCACUACUCCUGUGGAAAGGCUGCGGCCGCCCCCUCUUACGCCUCAGACUGAAUAUGCCAGAGAGAAGCAAAGGCAGAGGGAAAUGUGGAGCAACAAUAGCGGCACGACAUUCAGCCCCUCAUCAACACACAAUACCUCAGGGAUGAACCAGUCGGUAUACCCCAACAAGCCCCCGGCUAUGCAAGCCGCGCCCAACCAAUCCAAAGAGUCCAGGGAGGCCAGGGAGAGAGAGAGCAGUCUCCACUCUCUUCCUACCUUGGCACUUAGAGAGCCCCCCAAACUGUAUCAGGCUUUUCCCAGAGAAAACCUUCCCCCACCACCUUUAUCCUCCAGCUCCAUGAGAGGAAUCCUCCACAAGCACGUGACAGGAAGUGGUUUGGAAAAUGCACGCAGCUGUGGCGCAGACUCUGCCCAGUUUGAGGAAGAGCCCUCUGAGUUGUCCACACUGCUUCCUGAUGGUCUGGCUAACAUUAUGGCCAUGCUGGAUGAAUCUAUCAAAAAAGAAGAAGAGAUGUACAGUGAAAAGACUGGGUCCACAGGUCUUCUUGACAACUUUACUCCUGGUGUCCAGCCUAUCAAGAGCUACCUGUGUGCCCCAGACCUCAUUCCAGCAAUGAAGCAUCAGCCCAACCAGGAAGACUUUGGAUCCAAUCCGCACGCUAGCCCUCCUGUGCUCAGUCGCCAAGGUUCCCUGGCAUCCCCUUGCAGCCGAACAUCUUCUCUCAACGAGGAGGAUGAGGACUAUCAUAAACCUUCUCCGAAUGUCCCGCUGAACCCUAAACGGUCGAUGGACAUGGGAGUGGGGAACACCAAUUACCGCCACAGUGACCUUGCUAAACUUUACGGCCUCCCCGAGCAGACUAAAAGUGAGGCUGACGAGGAGGACGAUGACGAAGACUCGGAGACACCAUCUUGUUCUCCGCCACCCCAAAGACCCCACCUCCACCAAACUGGUGUCAACAGCAUGUUCAAGUCUCUAGCAACGGUUCUAGAGAGCCAGAAGUAUGCUUACCGUGGCGGGCCUUUUGGGAGACCCCCUCCCUCGGCUCUGGUCGGGGUCAAAUAUUCCUCUUCGCUGUCACUGGGCCCGGAUAUCUGCCGCCAGCAGCAAGGCACUUCUCCCACGUCAGAUUCAACCAAUCCACCAUUCAGUCCAGCUGUCCCCCCUCUAAAGUCCUCCCCUCCUCUGCUGGAAGACAAGAAACUAAAAAUAGAGGACGCUGAUGUCUGGAGAGAUGAUGGAGGGACAACUGAAGACAGAAUAAACUCCACCAAACAGGAGAGUAUUUCUACCAUAAACCCUGUUAAGAAGGAGCGACUGUUGACGACCAUCUCGGAGUCUUCUCUGGCAGAGUUGGGCAAAAGCUGCGAGAUCAUGCUCAGUCGCCAGUCACUUCCUAACAAGAACUCCCUCGAUGAACCUGAUAGCCAUGUCAAAGUGGAGGACAGACAAAAACCUGAGAAAGUAAAAGAACACAGAGAGAAAGACAGGCACAGGGAUAGAGAGAGGGAAAAAGAUAAGAAGAGGAAGCACGGGCACAGUAGCAGCAGGAAGCACGAAGACAGGAAAGAAAAGAAGCAUAGAGAAAAGAGAGAGGAGAUAGCCUUCUCUUCUUCUUCUUCAUCAUCAUCAUCAUCAUCAUCAUCAUCAUCAUCAUCAUCUUCUUCUUCCACUCAUUCCAGCUCCAGCCACAAGCUGAACAAAGAUGGCAAGUGCCAUAAGGAAAAGAAAGAUCGCAGAAUUCUCGGCGACCUCAACCUCCAGAGCAAGGACGGGCCUGAGAAGAACCGGGAUCACUAUGACACAGAUAAGACGAAACUUGAGGAAGCAUCUUCUGCCAGUGAAGGAGAGCAACCAGAAUGGACCUCGAGAAGUUCUGGAGAAAGAUCUUCUGAGGACAAAAAAGACUCUGAAUGUGGUUCUUCAUUGGUUCGACAGGACUUUUUAAAACUGAAGGCGCUGUCAGAUGGGCCACCCAAAGAGCUGAAGAUCCGCCUGAUCAAAGUGGAGAGCGGAGACAGGGAGACAUUCAUUGCCUCUGAGGUGGAGGAAAAGAGGAUCCCACUGGAAGAAAUCACCAUAAAGAACACUGCCAGUGAAAUCAUCAGGUCUUGCAAGGGAGCCAGAGUGAAAGGGAAGUUCAAAGAAUCUUUCUUGCUCCCAGCCUUCUCUGUGAAGCCCACCAUGACCUUUGAUGAACCCAUCCCCAGAGAGAAACUCAACCCUCCUACACCCAGCAUCUAUUUGGAGAGUAAGAGGGAUGCCUUCUCCCCCGUGCUCCUGCAGUUCUGUACAGACCCCAAGAAUCCUGUUACUGUCAUCAGAGGCCUGGCUGGAUCUCUACGACUCAACCUGGGGCUGUUUUCUACAAAGUCACUGGUGGAAGCCAAUGCAGAGCAGGCAGUCGAGGUGAGGACUCAGGUGCAGCAGCCUGCUGAUGAGAACUGGGACCCCAGUGGGACAGGCCAGACAUGGCCCUGCGAGAGCAGCCGCUCCCACACCACCAUCGCCAAGUAUGCCCAGUACCAGGCCUCCAGCUUCCAAGAGAGUCUGCAGGAGGAGAAAGGCAGCGACGAAGAGGAUGAUGAAGAGGAAAAGGAGAAGAAGCCAUCCAGCAUCUCUGACACUCCAAGCAAGGACAGCUCUAAAGAAAGUAGCAGUGCUGAGCAGAAACAAGUGGGGAAGAUAAUCAAGUUUGGCACCAACAUUGACCUCUCAGAUCCCAAGAGGUGGAAGCCCCAGCUACAGGAGCUGCAGAAGCUGCCAGCAUUUAUGCGUGUAGCCUCCAGUGGGAAUAUGCUGAGUCACGUCGGACACACCAUCCUCGGCAUGAACACAGUGCAGCUCUACAUGAAGGUCCCAGGGAGCCGGACGCCAGGUCACCAGGAGAACAAUAACUUUUGCUCGGUGAACAUCAACAUCGGCCCUGGAGACUGUGAGUGGUUCUCUGUCCAUGAGAACUACUGGCAGGCCAUCAAUGACUUCUGUCAAAAGCACGGAGUGGACUACCUGACAGGGUCCUGGUGGCCGGUGUUGGAGGAUCUCUACAAAGCCAACAUCCCCGUGUACCGCUUCAUCCAGCGGCCUGGAGACUUGGUGUGGAUCAACGCUGGAACUGUUCACUGGGUUCAGGCCGUCGGCUGGUGCAACAACAUCGCCUGGAAUGUCGGACCUCUCAAUGCUUACCAGUACCAGCUGGCCCUGGAGAGGUUCGAGUGGAACGAAGUGAAGAAAGUCAAAUCCAUCGUCCCCAUGAUCCAUGUGUCCUGGAACGCGGCGCGGACUGUCAAGAUCACCGACCCAGACACCUUCAAGUUGGUCAAACACUGCCUGCUGCAGUCCAUGAAGCACAUACAGAUCCUGCGAGACCAACUGGUGGCUGAUGGCAAGAAGCUUUCCUAUCAGAGUCGGGUGAAGGACGAGCCUGCUUACUACUGCAACGAGUGUGACUUGGAGGUGUUCGAUUUGUUGUUUGUGACAAGUGAGAGCAGCAGCAGGAAGACAUAUGUGGUUCACUGUGAGGACUGCGCACGUCAGCGUAGCCCAAACCUGACCAACGUAGUGGUGCUGGAGCAGUACCGCAUAGAGGAGCUCAUGAACACGUACGACUCCUUCAACCUGGCCUCCUCCCGGUGACAGAGCUCCCUCCUGCGUCUCCUCAGCCAUAACCAAAACUCCUGCAAGCCAGGACAAAAGACACAGUUUCACUUUGGUUUUCAACUUACACUUUCAUUUUUGCUACUACUGCUAAUACUUGCCGAACAGCCAGUUGAAUACGUUUACUCAUCAUUACUGUUUACAAAAAGAAAUACCAAGCCGCCAAUAAAAUACCAGUUUACUCUCAGAUGGUGCUUUCGACCAGACACCCUGGCAACAGUGAAGUUGAGAACCAGGGGGCAGUUGGUGCUGCCAUUGAACAAACUGCAGAGGGUAGUUGAUGGUGCGUUUCUGUUGUUGUUGUAUUGAAUACUGAAAUUUGUACAUGCUGUUUGCAAUUUUUGUGGGGUGCUGUCUUUUUUAAAAAUAAUUUAUUGUUUUGUUUUUUCUAAACUAGAUCAGCCUAGAUAUAUACCACAUUGGCCUUGUAUUUAGAAAAGAGAGAAAAUGAAAAAUACUAAUAAUAGAGAUAUGAACAUUUUUCUAAAGCAUUAAGAAUUUAAAAAAUACAAAUGUUUGUAAUGCUUCAAAACAUACGGGUUUUAACGCCUUUGGUUGUUUUGGGGGUGGGAUUUCAUUUUGUCUUUCAGAUUCUUGUAUGUGUUGUAAAUCUUGUGUUUGUAUGAAUUAUACUUUUAUUUCCUCAGUCACUCAUCAGGUCUUUUUUUUUUUGUUUUUUCAUUUCUUCCGUCUCUGUAUGCACUCUCUUUAAAAAAGAACUCAUUACCAUCUGGUGUUUGUGUGUUGUACCUCUGAUUGUUUUUGUUCUAAUAUGCAGACUUAGUAUUCCCUGGAUUUUUUUUUUGGCAUUGUACAUUUAAUUUAAAAUGUUUCCUCUAUUUAUUGGAUAUCAAUGUUCUCCCUUUUUUAAUAGGGUUGUACAAGUUUGCGGUUUUUUUUUCCCCCUCUUUAUUUUUUAUAGUGACCGAUUGCUCUGUAAGAACUGAAACGUGGGGGUUGUGUGUCCACGGGAGUGGAGGCUGCUGUUUCUCUGGUGCUUGCCUCUCGACUCCUGCCUUUUUCUCCUGAUAUAUAUUAAAUGAUAUCUUUAUCUUGAAUAUAACACCACCUUUCCUGUAGACAAUAGGCACACUGCUCACGUAGAAAAGAUGACUAAUGGAAUGCUGUGUUUGUAUGCUCAUUAAGGAAAAACAUUUUUUUCCAAAGUGUUUUGAGAAAUGGUAAUUCUUUUUUAUUAUGUAGGGGGCUUUUAGACGAGAUUUUAAUGAUAUCUGUUGAAUAUGAUAACGGGAUAGAUGGUGCUAAAUGUUCUCUUUGAACAACUUUUUUUUUCUGUUUAUCUUCUUAAAAUGAGAAUUCUAUUUUUCCUGUUGCAAUAUUACCUUACCCUUUUCCUUCUCUUUGUGGUCAUUUAUUUAUAACUGCACUGUUUAGAGAAUUCACAGACAUACACACACACACACACACCAAACUGAGCCAGACAUGUCUUAAACACUUGUGAAUUUGUGUGACAUUACUAUGACUAUUAAUAAACGCUUUUUGAUAAAUCCAAAA